AAAUCUGUUCGGUGGCGUUACAACCGGAAUUAUGACGGAAAAUUUGGGCAUGCGCCUCUCAACCACAGUUUAUGGAGGAAUAUUCUUAUUUCUGGCUGUUAUAUGUCUCGUGGUCCACUUCUACGAACCCUACCUUCAUAAGAAGAAACAAGAAAAGAAAUGGCGUUGGAUGAAGCAAAAUCUGGGCGAAGAGAUGCCCCUGGUGAAGAAAGACCCGUCUUCUGGGUACAAACCACUCGAGAACGGGCGGAUUCCAUCCCAAAGCGAUGCCUUGCUGAGUCACUGCAUUGUGCCUGUGAGCGAAAAGAAUGACGUCAUUCUCAGUGAUAACAAGUCAAAACUUGAAUGGCUGGACGAUCCCGCUCAAGCUAAGAACUUCUGGUUAACGUAACAAAAAAGAAAAAGGAUUCCAAAUGAAGUGUUGAAGAGUUUAUUGUAUACUUUGUAUUAUAAAUAUAUAUAUUGCAACAAAUUGUUUAUUAAAAAUGACUUUUUUUAGUAA